AAAGCCAAUUAUGCUAGGUUUUAAUUUUAAAAUCAAAGCAAAUAAUCUAAACGAUACUUUAUUUACUAUUUUUUUACUUUUCAGCGCCAAUUACAUACUAAGUAACAUAGUGAUUAAUAGUUGUAAACAUAACAUCGUGACCUUGUUUAUUUGUAUAUUAUUAUAAAAACUACAGUACUAAUUAAAUUAUAUCGCAUAUAUAAAAGAAGAAAAUAUUGACACAACUAUGUCUCCAUCAGUACCUAUCACAAUGAUCAAUACAUUAGUGAUUUUAGUGGUACUCCUUACCACUUCUUGUUCUUCAGUUCCACUACCGUCAACUUUCAAAAAAUGCAACCGAAAACAAGCAGACUUCAACCAGUGCUUAACAACUGCCGUUCAAGACGCUAUUCACCAACUCGAUAAACCUCACCCAGAAGUGAAUCUACCCAGUUUCGAACCUUUUGUUUAUCCGGUAGGCACGGUACGACUCGGUGCUGGGCCUUCUGUCGUUCACUUCAGGCAAAUUGCUAAAAACGUGAGGGUUCACAAACUUACAGAAUUUUCGUCACUAAAUGCGAGCAUGGACUUUAACACAAAUAUCUUCCGUAUGAAUAUCGACUACCCAAUAUUAAAAUUUGAAUAUGAUUACGAGAUCGACGGUAAAAUCUUGGUAAUGCCUAUACGAGGAAAAGGUCUUGCUCAUAUACAUCCCAAAAAUCUCUCAAUGGAGAUAACAUUUACUCUAGAAGAAAAGAACAAACAUUAUAAAGUGGUUAAUAGUACUAUUACUUAUACAAAAAUGGGGGGUUUGAUGAUUAACCAUGAGAAUUUGUUUGACGGAAACAAGGAAUUAGGUGAUAAAGUCAAUGCCGCAUUGAACGAAAACUGGAAAAGCAUAUUUGACGAUUUGAAAGCUGGUUAUGAAAAAAUAAACGCCGAAAUUUUCGGAAACGUUUUUGAUAAAUUUUUGGAUAAGGUGUCUGCGUCGGAACUUUUUGGUGACCCUUAACAUUUUGAAUGUUACUUAUUGGUGGUAGUUUUUUGUAAAAUUAAUGUAAAACUGUUAUUGGAAAUAAAUAUAUGUUGUAACA